CCUCUGAGCUUCCUUAUAAGAUUCUCGAUUGUCCCAUUUAAUAACAAUUUAACUCCUCGCUUUAGAUUCGUUUUACUCUCAAACACACAGAAUUUUCCACCUAUUAAGAGACCAAAGGUAAGAGAUUCUCAUGUCGAUGUCUAUUUCUGGAGCUAUGCUUAGUGGGGUGGGCUCUUCGUUAUUGAUCAACGGAAGCAAGAGAAGCGGCGGCGUAGGCGGUGGAUCUAUGAGUGUUGGCCGGAAGAAUGCGACCAUUACACCGCAGAGAAACAAGUCAUGGGUCCUAGCCGCCGUGAAAGGUGAUGGAAAAUCAAAGAACGACCCCAAAUGGCUAGAUGAUGCCUCACAGAAAGCUGGCGAGUUCGUGAAGGACAUGGGGAGUGAAGUGGGGCACGUGACUGCUCAGAAAGGACAAGAAGUUAAAGAUCAUAUAGAGAGUGCAAGAAACUAUAUUGUUGAGAAAGCUGGUGAAGCGAUGGACACGGUGGCUGAAAAUGCUAAGAAAGCUUCUGAGUUUGUGACGGAUAAAGGCAAAGAGACCAAGGAAGAAACUGUUUUAAUAACUGAAAAGGCUAAAGAUUUCAUUGUUGAAAAAGCUGGUGAAGCCAAAGAUUCGGCGACGGAUAUGCGCAAGAAAACGGCUAAGUACGUUGGAGAUAAAGCAGCAGAGGCUAAAGAAGCUAUAUUUCCUCCAAAAACCGAAGAAUAGAAUAUUGUAUAUAUGGGACCUUAAAUAGCUAAACAUAUAAAGAACUUUGAGGCAGUAAUCUCAAAAGUAUUUUUACUUUGUGAGAAUAUAGUAUGUUUAUUUUGUGAGAAUAAACUGAUACAUACAAUAAGUACUGAUAUAGACUUAUAGUCAGUGGCUAAUCAUUCAAAUUAAGUGCUAAUCUUUAAUCUUACAAACUAUGACAUUUACUGAGUUAAAGAAAUACAAUGGUUUCAAUC